AUGUCCUUACUUCCCGCGGUCCCUUCCCUUCCUGAGCCAAACUUAACCAAGCCAUCUGAGGGGCUAUCCCUCUUGCAGCCCCUCUCCCGCCUCGGCACAGGUCCUGGAAUGAUCAUUUUGACCCCAAAUUUCCCCGCAGAGACACAUCUCACCAUCGAGGACGGAGUUCCAUCUCCGCUCAUCAAAUGGGCCGAGGAAAGCUACACAACCGUGCAGAUAGAGGAGCAUGCGCUAGAUACCAACGCUCACGAUGCGAUACACAAUGCAGUAGCCGCCAUAAACGGCAGCUCGGCGUGCGAGCCGAAAGGAUCCAUUGGUCUCGUCGCAUACAGCGCAAACGCAUAUGCUAAAGCCGCGGACGCUGUUUCUAGCAUUUCUGAUAUCAAGGGUGUCGUUGUAUACACCUCAGUCUCGGACCUGGAGAUUCUCCCACAGGCUUCGAAGCGAACGAUCCACCACAUCACAGGCAACUAUCCGCGGGAUAAGCUUGCACGGUCAAUGGCUCUUACGCAGCAUGUCUACCCCACUGUGGAAAGCACAUUUGCCAUUCCCUUUCAGCCAAACUUCGACUACCGGACAGAGGCAAUAUCGCACACGCGCAAUCUCACGCAUCUUAAAGGAUGCAUGGACGGGCCGCACUUUGAUCUCGAGAAGAUUUGGGACGAGCAUACGUAUUACGAGUUUGAGAAUCGGUCUGUGGAACAUACUAUGGCGACGAUGGUGGGGGAGCCGUAUGUUAAUCAUGUUCCUACGUUGACAGGUGGGAUUGGCCGCGAGAAGCUAACGGACUUCUACCGGCACCACUUCAUCUUCAAUAACCCCGAUGACACAAACCUCGAGCUCAUCAGUCGGACUAUUGGGAUUGACCGCGUUGUCGACGAGUUCAUAUUCAGCUUCACCCAUACAAAGGAAGUGGACUGGAUCCUUCCCGGCCUUCCACCUACAAACGUCCCCCUCCGCAUUCCCUUCAUGGCCGUGGUGAACAUCCGCGGCGACAGGCUGUAUCAUGAGCACAUCACCUGGGACCAGGCGACUGUGUUGCGGCAGCUGGAAAUCUUGCCAAAUUACCUGCCCUUCCCGUACCCUACCCCGUCUAUUGCGGGUGAGGGCGCGCGGCUUGAAUGUCGGGUUCCAGUUGCGGGCGCGGAAGCUGCGCAGAAGGCGACUAAUAAGAAUAGCGUCGAGUCGAAUCAGAUGUUUGAAUAUCGGGUUAGGGCGAAGACAGAGUGA